AUGGGGGAAUUCAAAGUCGGGUCGAAGCUGAAGGAGCAAAUCGUGUGCAACAUGCAACCCCUAAUCAUGUGCCUGCACAAGCAUGACGAUGAUAUAAGCAAGUGCGUGCCAGAAGUCCACAUCUUCGAACGAACCUGCAGCAAGAGUGUGAAUUACGUGCACGAUCGGAUCGGCCUAGAUGAUACGAGGAACACCCUAUACACGGGGAAAAGGGCCAUCUGAAGGGGGGCUACACAUAUAUAUUAUUUACACAUGUGAGGGUAGGCACCUUUUUUCUGUACCAGGACGGGCACCUAGGGGGAGACGACCUAUCAUUCGUUUCUGCAAAAUGUGCGCAAGGUGGGGGGAUUAAAUCGUAGGGGGGUGGGAAGUGCAAAGAAGGAACUGCGUAGAAGCUUCACCAUUCGGGCACCGUAUGCUGUACAGUAUUGACCAUCUGAAGAGCGGCCAUGAAAAAGACGUCCCAGAGGAUAGCCUCCCCCCCAUUUUGCUUAUUGCAUCCCCAGUGCGCCCGAUUCGUGGCCCCUUUACUGUCCCCACAGGGGUUCCUUUUUUGCGUAAAUUUUUCCUCUCCAUUUGACCGCUCUUUUUUCCCUGCUUAAAACUGCAAAUGGGGGCCCUUGCAAAGGCCGCGCGAAAAAAACGCCCGGGCACAGCAGACUAAAACAACUAAUACGAUCUUUUCAUGCCCA